UGUUAUUAGUUCCAUGGAUCAUUCCUGGUGCAACCAAGGACUUGUGGCUGAAGGACAGAAAGAGGAAGCUGGUUACUUCCACCGAGGACACUUCCAUCACGGCCAUGGCAGCUGGAAUCCUCCGUGCCCUCACAGGUGGUAGAGCAGCUGGCCUACUACAUCCAUGUGUCAGAGACGGUAAUCACAGAGGAGACGUUUUGAUGCGGCCCCACCCAGAGCUGAUCAGGAUGACCUGUUUGCAUGCCCCCUUGGUUCCCUUCAGCACCUACUGGGAAAAGAGCAUCAAGGACAACUACACCACUAGCAUGUCCUGCCACCUCGUCAGCCUCACAGAUAAUGGUUGUAGGAAGGUGGACAACACAGUUGUAUACAUCCCAAAGGAAGGCCUACAGCGCAGCCCUGAGGAGGCCAGCAAGGACAAGACGCCAGUACAGAGAAUGGAGAGUAAGCCUAAGGGGCUCUGUGAGUGUAUGAGUAAUGAGAUCAUUCGCCUGUGCUUCCAAAGCAUCUCUCUGGACAAGAUCUUUAAGUGCUACGAGAUCUCCAGUAAGCAAAACCUCAGUGACUGUAUCCAGUGCUGGCUGUCCUGGAAGGAAAUUUACUUGCACGCCUCGCAGAAUCACCACAAAUAUCACAUCAGCGAGCCUGUCACCCACACAGCCAAUAUCACAGUCAGUCCACACACUGGGUUCAGUCACAGGGCAGGGAGAGAAAGCAGAAGGGAGGCAGGAUAAAUGAAGGAAAAGAAGAAGA